AUGGCUCAAUCUCUUGCUACUCAGCCACCUGAAUUAUCGUUCUACGAGUUGAGCUUUCCGGCGGACCAUGUUCUUCAGGUGACCAUCAAUCGCGAAUCGCACAUGAACGCCAUUCCCAUGGCAGGCCACUGGGAGGGCGAAAGACUAUGGCAAUGGUUUGACGAUGAGCCCCAACUUCGCGUCGCCAUUGUUACCGGCAAGGGAAAGAAGGCGUUUUGCUGCGGUGCGGAUCUGAAGGAACAGGCACAAAAGAACCAUUCCCUCGAGAAGCCAGAUGCACCACCCUUUCCGACCGGCGGGUUUAUGGGUCUCACCAGGCGCGUGGGAAAGAAGCCCGUCAUUGCGGCCGUGAAUGGCUUUGCUCUAGGGGGAGGAUUCGAAAUAGCACUCAACUGUGAUAUGAUUGUUGCAUCGCCUUCUGCGACUUUUGGUCUUCCAGAGGCCAAGAGAGGUCUUUGGGCCGCAGCUGGUGGCAUACCUCGGGCUGUCAGAACAUUUGGAAUGCAGUUAGCCUCUGAGAUUAUUCUUGCUGGUCGAGUACUCUCGGCCGCAGAAGCAAAAGAUUUGGGCUUCUGUCGUGUAGCCGCCUCGCCAGAUGAUGUGGUUGCUGAGGCUGUGGGACUCGCAAAGGAGGUUGCUGCCAUGUCUCCCGACGCCAUUAUUGUGAGCCGCGCUGGAUUGAGGGAAGCUUGGGAGACAGCAAGCGUGGAACGAGCUGCUCAGCUUGUGCAAGACAGAUAUGCCAAAGGACUUCUAGAGGGUGAAAAUCUGCGGAUUGGACUCAUGGCGUUUGUUACAAAGUCGAAACCUGAAUUUGUGCCAUCAAAGCUGUAA